AUGAUCAGCAUAGUCCAAAGUGAGGUUCUAGGCAUAGCAAUUGAUCGAGGGGUAGAUGUGGAUGCCUUGAAACUUGUGGAAACAGUAUAUGUCGAAGUAGAAGUCCUUGGAAGUAGCAAGAGCAUUGUGGCUUUCCAUAUAGCGGUGAGCAAAGAGAAUGAGCUUCGUGGAACUAAUGCUCUAGAAAGUCUGGGAUUAGAAGUGAGGAUACCAGAGAAGGAUGAUGGAGAAAUGUGCAAAAGUGAAGACGAAGGAAAGUAG